AUGAAGACAAAGUUUGAUGAUGAUGAUGAUGAUGAUGAUGAUGAUGAUGAUGAUGAUGAUGAUGAUGAUGAUGAUGAUGAUGAUGAUGAUGAUGAUGAUGAUGAUGAUGAUGAGGAGGAGGAGGAGGAGGAGGAGGAGGAGGAGGAGGAGGAGGAUGAGCAUGAGGAUGAGGAUGAUGAUUUGAAUGUUACAGCCGGAGAACAAAGUCCGGUCAUAUGGAACUAG